AUGAACGAUCUGAUUGUGGGGCCCAACAACAAGCUACGCUGUGGGCUAAACGCGCUGAAAUACUCGACGGCGAUCCCGAUGAUCAUCAUGCACAACAGACUGCUAAGCCAGGAGGAUGCGCGCCGGGGUUUGCAAGCAGACGCUGAAGAGAUCUCGGCGGAAGCAGUGGGAAUGAUGCAAGAUGGCCCAAAGAUCCUGCAGGGGUGGGUGCUGGCCUGUCUGCUCAACUCGCUCUACUCGUCGUACUGGGACAUCGUCAAUGACUGGGGCAUCUCCCUCUCUCAGAUCCGUUCCUGGUACCAUCAUCAUCAUUCUCAUCACCAUCACCAUCACCCCCAUCAUCAUCACUAUCAUCAGGUCCAUCGGAAAGCAGAUCUGGAAGAAGAACAAGAAGAACUAGCACCGUCAAGCCCGAGUGGACUGGCGCCCAACAGACUGCUCUUCCCGGGCGACAGGUGGUGGAUAUAUGUGGCGGUGAUCGUCCUCAACCUAGCGCUUCGUCACACCUGGAUCAUUGCCCUGCUCACCACCAGCCACCAUUCCGGACCCAAGUUGAGCUUCCUCCUCCAAGCCCUCGAGCUCCUCAGACGCGCCAUCUGGAUCCUUGUCCGGCUCGAAUGGGCCGAGCUCUCUUCGGCCCCUCGCGACCUUAAAGCCGCAUACAACCCGCUCCUCGACGGCUCACCCUCCGCCGACAUCGACGACCAUCUCAUCCUCGACGACCGACGCCAUCACCAUCAUCUUUCCCUUCAUACUCGAGUCUCCUCCGCUCCCGACACCGAUCUUCUCCCUCUUCUUCCCCCUCAUUCCUCAGACCCUACCCAUAAACUCCCCACCUCGCAUCCUUACAAUCAUCAUCAUCAUCAUCAUCUUCUCGAAAUCAGAGACCGCUCGGCCAUCGAGCCUGAGCUGUCGCCUUCUUCUAAUAGUAAUAAUUUGGCUCCCUCGUCUUCUCUCUCGAACGCCGCCUUCUUACAUCGUCCUAGUCCGCCACUUCCGGCGUCUUCUUCGGCCUCUCAACUCAUCCCUCUGCAUGUCGAUCAUCCUUCUUAA